AUGGCUGCUGCAUGGCGUGGGGUCGGAGAUCCUUCACCAAAUCCAAUGGUACAACAAAAAAGACGAUUAAAAAGAAGGUACCUGAAAAGAAGUGCAGAUGAUUGGAUCCGAAUAAUCGUGUCUCACGGGAGCUGCAGCUUUCUAGAGUUUCAUUAA